AUGGCUAAGCGGAAGUCAAAGUCGGGUGCAGGCGCUUCGAGGAGGAGGGCACAGAAUGCCCUAGAGCUUGCCGAGAGGGAGCUUGCUUCUGAUAGCAGUGCGGAUGAGGGCAUCCCUCGGAGUCAGCGGAGACGCAACAGUGCCAUUGUAAACCCGCAGAGGGGCAGUGAUGAUGAAAAUGGAAGCGAAGAAUUUGAGGAUGAGGAGCUGGAUUCGGAUGAGGCACUGGGCUCAGAUGACGACUAUGAUGUAAUGAAUUCUAAGUUUUCGCAGUCCAUUCGUGACAAGAAAAAGAACAACCAAUCGGUGGAAGAGCUUGACGAGGAGGGUGGCUACACCUCUAUCGAUGAGGAAGAGCUGUUGCCCCUUUCCGCGGUGUGGGAUAUGGACGACACCGCGACGGCAGGUGCAGAGAAACAUGUGGCUAGCCAGCUGAAGCUCAAUGACGACAACCUCUCCGAUGACUCGGAAAGCGAGAGUGAGAGCGACAGCGACUCCAGUGAUGAAGCUGAAGACGAAGAAGAUCCUUUUGACGAGGUUCCUAAUGAGGAGGUAGACCUGGCCACCGUUAGCUCUACGUUGCAGAAGCACACAACCAAACAGUACAAGAGGCUAGACACCUAUGCCGGUGGUGUGGAGGAUGAGUAUGCCCUUCCAUCUCUGCAGGGCCCGGGAAAAUUGGAUAUAACUAAGUUGCUUGAUGUCGUGGACGAUCCGGAAGCUGUGGAGCAGGCUACGCUCUUGAAGGGCAAUCUCAAGUCCUUGGAUGUUCCGCUGCCGAUGAGAAUUCAACAGAGGCAUGAGCGUAAAGCUGCAUAUGAGAUCUCGAAGGAGGAAAUGAGUAAGUGGGCAUCAAUUGUGCAGCAAAACAGACAGUCGGAGCAUCUCUCCUUCCCAAUGGAUAGUAGUGCGAGCCAUACUGAAGCUUCGGCGUUCACGCGGAACUCGGAGAAGCCUCUCACAGAAGUUGAGGUAAAGGUCACAGAAGUGUUGAAGAAGAGUAACCUACUCGACCCUGUGAAGGAAAACACCUUCAACGACCUGGCCGAGGCCAAGCUUUCCGUUGAAGAUAUGAAGAAGCGAACCGCAGAAUUGAGAUUAAUGAGAGAACUUAUGUUCCGUGAAGAAAGAAAGGCCAAGCGGAUCAAGAAGAUCAAGUCCAAGGCAUAUCGCCGUAUCAAGAAGAAGGAGAUGCUUAAGAAUCAGGAGUUGGUGGACUCUGACGAAAGCGACACUGACCGUGACGUCGCAAGAGCCCGUGAAAGAAUGUCAUUGAAACACAAUACUAAAUCAAAAUGGGCGAGGGACAUGGUUAAGCAUGGCAUCACCAAGGACAAGGAAACUAGGGAUGACCUGGAAAAUAUGUUGAAACAGGGCGAGCGUCUGAGAGAGAAAAUCAUGGGCCACGCAGAGGGUAGCGAAAGCGACACUGACGUAAGCGACCUAGAACGGGACGAUGCAUCGCCGGAACAGGACACUCCAUAUCGCGGAGAUAUUGGGAAGACAGGUGUCUUGAAUAUGGCAUUUAUGAAGAACGCCGAGGCUCGUGAGAGAGAGGAGAACAGGCAAAACCUUGCCGCUUUACGUGCUGUCGAAAAUGGGGAAGAUAUCAAGUUGUUUGAGGAUGGCCUAACCAAAGACGGUAGUAACGUCGCCUCAAACAAAGGUAGAAGGGUUUAUUCUGCAGCAGACCUAGAGGCCAAAGAGAAGGAUGCGCAGUUUAACGAAGAGGUGCUUGCCGAGCACGCAGAUGAUGAGUCCAGAAGCCUAGAGAAGAGGCUAGAGAAAGCCAAUAAGAGAUCAUCUGGCUCUCAGAAUAAGCUAUCUGCGAAGACCACACAAUCUUCUACGAAAAAGCAGGAUAGUAAAACCGAGGAUCCCAGUGCAUUAGAAAACCCAUGGUUGGAUGGCGGCGAUGAUAGUACCUUAAUCAAGAAAUCUUCGAAAAUUAAGGUUGUCGAUGCCAACAGUUCUCAGUUUACCAAGAGUGCUCAUAAAAUUGACAAGGAAAAGCAGAAGUUGUCAAGAUCGAAAAAGGACGAGAAAGAUAACGGCGAUGACUUAUUGCUAGAUAUUGAGUCAUCUAACAAGUUAGAUAUCAUUGAUCCAUACGACGAAUCUGGGGACGAGGCCGAUGGAAAUUCAUUUAAACAGCAGGAUGCAAUCAAUGAGGCUUUUGCCGGAGAUGAUGUGGUUGCUAAGUUUCAGGAAGAAAAAAAGCGGGUGGCCAUCGACGAAGAUGACAAAGAGGAAGACGUCACACUUCCUGGUUGGGGCGAGUGGGCAGGUGCAGGUGCUCAACCAGCCAAGAAGAGAAAGUUCACCAAGAAGAUCAAGGGAGUGGUUUCUAAGGAAAAGCGUAGAGACAAGAACCUGAAGAACGUUAUCAUCAAUGAAAAGGUGAACAAAAAGAACGUCAAGUACCAGUCUUCUGCUGUUCCCUUCCCCUUCGAAUCUCGCGAGCAGUAUGAGAGGUCUCUGCGCAUGCCUCUAGGUGAACAAUGGGUUUCCCGUGCGACGCACCAGAAAGCAGUUAAACCUAGAAUCCUGACGAAGCCUAGCGUGGUCAUAGAUCCGCUCAAGGCGCCGUUUAAAUAA